AUGUCUGGGGGAGUAUUGCAAAACGGGAGCAUCCGCAGAGGUUUCCUGUCAUUCCGACAACUCAGUGCUCUCGCCGUCAUCGUCAUCUUCCCUGCAAGUGGAAUGGUAAGCUUUAAAGACGUGGCAUUCACACUCUUCUCCCCUGUCUACGUGCUCUUCCUCUCCAAGGUAGCCUUCCCUGUUCUUGAUCCUUCCACAGACCCCCGAGUCUUCGGCCAGAAAAUUAAUAAGUUCCUGAGUCUCUACGUCCCCUUCACAGCCUUGAUUGGGCUUAUUCUCCCAAUUGGUUACAUCGUUGAGGGGAUCUUGGGAGGCGACAAGGAAGGAAUUAAAGCAGCUGCUGCCCACUUCUUCCUUCUAUGCAGUCAAGUUUUCAUGGAAGGUCUAACAUUUCAUGCCGGUUUCUCGAUUCCGAUCUUUGCUUUUGUGCCUGUGUUCUACAAUUCGAGGAGGAUCUUCACGAUUGUGGAUUGGCUGAGGGCUGAGAUGGGGAAGACGGUGAAUGCCGAGUUGAGUACUUCGGCGGCGAGGAGAGUUUACUUUGGGAGAGCGCUUGCAGUUGCUAGUCUGCUGUUAUGGUGCUUCAAUCUGUUUGGUUUCUUAUUGCCCGUCUUUCUCCCCAGAGCUUUUAAGAGAUAUUACGGUUAUAAGGAGAAGGUUUGA